UAUUUUCCAAUACUAAGCCGGUCACACUGGUCAGAAAAAGAAAAAAACAAAUCCGUUCCGUUUGUGAAAAAAACAUUUCAGAGGCAAUAUAAACAGCUCUGCUUGCAUUUCACACAGUGUCAGCACAUUCCGUACGAAAUCCGAGGCCCUCCAGCACGGAAUCGCACUGUAUUUCCCAUCGAGAAUCGAUUUAAGCCCUACAAUAUGUCGUCCGAGGAGCUGGCGCCAAUUAACGAGCAGGACUUCAAGGAUCUGAAGGAGCGCAUGAAAUUGAUUGUGGAGGCGGAUCCGAAGCAAUAUCAUAACGACUUUUCGCUGCGGCGCUAUCUGCGCGCCUUCAAGACCACAGAUGACGCAUUCCAAGCCAUUCUGAAGACCAACAAGUGGCGCGAAACAUACGGAGUGGAGAAGCUGGCCGAGAUGGACCGCAGCCAGCUGGACAAGAAGGCCCGUCUGCUGCGCCAUCGCGACUGCAUCGGCCGUCCGGUGAUCUACAUUCCGGCCAAAAACCACAGCUCGGAGCGGGACAUCGACGAGCUCACCCGCUUUAUCGUCUACAACCUGGAGGAGGCGUGCAAGAAGUGCUUCGAGGAGGUCACCGACCGCCUGUGCAUCGUCUUCGAUCUGGCGGAGUUCAGCACCAGCUGCAUGGACUACCAAUUGGUCCAGAAUCUUAUCUGGCUGCUAAGCAAGCAUUUUCCGGAACGCUUGGGCGUGUGCCUAAUCAUCAAUUCGCCGGCCCUGUUCUCCACCAUCUUUCCGGCCAUUCGUGUGCUGUUGGACGAUAACACGGCCAAGAAGGUCAAGUUCGUGGGCGAUGAGGUCGAGCUGUGCCAGUAUCUCAUCCCGGACAUCCUGCCAACGGAUAUGUAAGGCUAUCCGCUUUCAAAUCAGCAUCCCUUUAAGCUCCUGUGAGGCGUAGACAUAUCCCCCAAAGAGAACCCAAAACCGAACCCAGUACCUAAGUCUUAAGCUUGCAAGAGAAGGGGGCUUCUCUACUCUAUGUGUAAAUCGAUGUGUUUAACAUUGUUGAUUGUAAAAUGUAUUUUAUUGGACACACACAACUAUUAGUACAAUGCUAACUAUGUAUUUUAGAUAAAGGUUUAUCUUGUAUGUGUAGUAUCUAUAUACCUGAAUUCGUACCUAUAUAUAUACAUACAUAUAUAUGCAAGUGUCUAUGUG